GUCGAAAGUUCCUCGGUUAUUUCAAGUAUACUUGUAGAAUGGCUGGGAAUUUCAGCAGUCUAUCAAAACAUACGAGAAAAAAAACAAGAUUGUAAAAUUAUGGGACAUUGAAAACUUUCUUAAAGAAAAUGAUGAACUCAGUGGAGAUUCCAUGGACAUUACUGCUGAAGAUGAUGAGUUUAUAAAAGUAAGCGAUGAAGCAGAACUAGCAGAGGCUGAACGAAUGAUCGAAGAAGAUGAUGACAUUAAGAUUCAAAUCAGAAAGGCACGACAGAUUGCAGAAAUGACAAUGAAAGAGUGUUUGGUAUUUGUACCUGGCGAGCAUGAAACUGAGGAUCAUGAAAUGAAUACAGAAGGCGACGAUCAAGAUGACUGGCAGAUACCUGCAAAAAUGAAAAAAAAAAUGAAGAAUCAGAUAAAGCAGGAGCUCAAAGCGACAAGUCACAUGAACGAAAAAGAUUGCGAGCUGAUAGCGGAUCUUUGGCAGCUCCCCCUUAAAAACCGCUGGGAAGUUUACAGAUGCUGGAGAUCUAAAUAUUUGCAUGAUAUUCGAGAUGAAGUAUUUACAGUAGAAAACCUAUACCAGAUAGUGGUAAACAGGAUGACUGAAUUAAGAAACCAAGAGGAUCUGCUUAUACUACAAGAGGCUGACAUUGUUGGCAUGACUACCACAGGUGCAGCCAAGUUUAGAAAGUUGCUCCAAAAUGUCCAGCCUAAAAUUGUAAUAGUAGAAGAAGCAGCUGAAGUUCUGGAGGCUCACAUUAUUACUACACUUAGUUCCAGCUGUCAACACCUCAUACUUAUUGGAGACCAUCAACAACUCCGUCCAAGUACUACAGUAUAUGAACUGGCAAAAAACUUUAAUUUAGAAGUAUCAAUGUUUGAAAGACUGAUCAGAAUGAAAAUCCCAUAUGUACGCCUGGACUACCAGCAUCGCAUGAGGCCAGAAAUUGCUCAGCUGCUAACACCCCACAUUUAUGACAAGCUGGAGAAUGAUGCUUCAGUGCUAAAGUAUGAAAACAUUAAGGGUGUUUGUCACAAUCUUUUCUUCGUGGACCACAACCAUCUUGAGGAACAUAUUAAAGAAGGCAAGAGUCAUCAAAAUGUCCAUGAAGCUACAUUUGUGAAGUCACUUUGCCUCUACUUCAUACAUCAAGGCUACUCCCCUUCACAGAUAACAAUACUUACCACUUAUUCUGGGCAGCUGCACUGUUUAAAGAAAAUUAUGCCCAAAGCUCAAUUUGACGGAGUCAGGGUAUGUGUGGUUGACAAAUAUCAAGGAGAGGAAAAUGAAAUUAUCAUCCUCUCACUAGUAAGAAGUAACCUAGAAGGAAAUGUUGGCUUUCUUAAAAUACCAAACCGGGUAUGUGUUGCCUUAUCCAGAGCCAAAAAAGGAUUGUUUUGUAUAGGGAACAUGCAGAUGCUUUCAAAAGUUUCCCUUUGGAGCAAAAUUUAUGAAAUAUUACAAAAAUAUGGACUUAUUGGCAAAGAAUUAAAGCUCCAAUGUGUCAAUCAUCCUGCCACUUCAAAUUAUGUAUCUACAGCUUCAGAUUUUGAUAAUGUUCCUGAAGGUGGAUGCAAGAUUCCUUGUGAAUACCGACUAAAGUGUGGCCAUGUUUGUCCUCUGUUUUGUCACCCCUGUGACCAAGAGCAUGAAAAAGUUGUAUGCAGAAAACCUUGUCCUAAAACUACCUGCGAAAAUGGACACAAGUGCAGAAACUUGUGCUCUGACCCCUGUGGUAAAUGUGAAGAGCUUGUGCCAAAGGUGAUUCCUGUAUGUGGACAUAUUCAGGAUGUUCCAUGUUCAGUGCAUCCAGAAAAAUUGGGUUGCAAAUUGCCAUGCAGUAAGAUUCUAGAGUGUGGCCACAAAUGUGUCCGAUUAUGUAGUCAAGUCUGCACCAUAAACUGUCCUGAAAAGGUAACUGUCAAAUUGACAUGUGGUCAUACUGUUAAAACAUUGUGUUACAUGAAGUCAGAAGUAGAGUUGCUUGACACCAAGUUAAAAUGUCAUGUGAAAUGUGAAGAAAAAUUGGAUUGUGGACACAACUGCCCCGGAAGCUGCAGCAGCUGUGAAGAAAGGGGCUUUCACUUGCCAUGUUCAAAACCUUGUGGCAUUUGGCUUUUCUGUUCUCAUAACUGUGAAGAAAAGUGUGACGCUAGUUGCUUUUGUAUUCGGUCUUGUGAAAAGUCAUGUUUUCAUGGAAUAUGCUCUAUGAAAUGCAGUGAACCCUGUACUCCUUGCACACAACCUUGUGGGUGGGGAUGUGCACAUACAAAGUGCAAAAAACUUUGUUGGGAACCUUGUGACAGAGAGGCAUGUAAUGUACCUUGCAGGAAAAAACUUACAUGUGGUCACCUAUGCAUUGGCUUUUGUGGAGAGCCAUGCCCCAAGAAAUGCAGAAUUUGUAAUGCUGAAGAAGUAAAAGAAUUAGUCUUUGGAAAUGAAGCAAAUCCAGAUGCCCGCUUUGUUCAACUUCUUGAAUGCCCUCAUUUUUUUGAGGUGACAAAAUUCUCUGAAUGGAUGAAUAACAAAGAGGAAGGCCAAGUCAUCAAACUCAAAUCUUGCCCCAAAUGUGCAAAACCCAUCAGAAAAAGUUUAAGAUAUGGCAAUUUGAUCAAGCAAACACUUUCUGAUUUGGAGAAAAUUAAAGAAAGAAUAAGUUACAAAUGGAUGAAUGAUUUGGAAAUGUUUCUCAGUGAAAAUGACACAGAAUUAGAUAACUUUCCACAGGUAUAUAAAACAGUCCAACAGUUGCAAGAUGGCAACCUAACUCUCCGUCGGUUAAUGUUAGUAGGUGAGAAAAUAAGAUUCUGGCAAAAACUCGGAGCAAUCAAUAAUAAGGUAAAAACGAGCCCUCAAGUUCUGAUCAGAAUACUUUAUGAUAUUCCUAUUGUUUCUGAUGCCAUUGAUAAUGCUACAAGCAAAUAUGACAUUUUACAGAAGUACUAUGAAUUAUUCCGACUGGCUGUUCAAGUGGAGGCUACAUUUCUUGAGCCGUACAUGCCACACGAGUCUAUUGAAAAACUAAAAUCGCUGAUCAAAGAAAUGAACUCACCACGCACCAUGCAUAUGGAUGAAAUGCAUGCUCACCUGAACAUGCUUCCAACAUCCAUGGAGCUUAUCAAUAUAGUCAAGAAAAAGACAGGUAUAUUUGACACUGGACUGCUGAGGCAAGAGUCAUGGCACAAGUGUGAAGCAGGGCAUAUCUAUACUAGCAAUGUAAAUGGAAACAAGAGCCAUUGCUGCCCACAGUGUAGUUUCAGUGAUGAUGAUGAAGAUUAGUUGUUGUUUCAAGUGAUAAAAAUUAUUAAAAUGCAUACAUCCAUAAAGUUUUUUCCUACCAUAUCCAAAGGAAAAAAUCUAAAAGAGUAAAAUAAAUGUGUAGACAAAUGCUUAGUUUAUAUUGUAUAAUGUAUCCUCUAUCUAGCCUAAUAUUGUUAGCAUUGUAUAAACCGAGAGAUUAGAUUUAUACUUAAUAAUGGUUAAUUAGAAAUUUUCAGGAUGUCAGCAUCUUAAAGCAUUGUAUCGCUUAUAAUGAAGCAUCUGCAUUUCUUUCACCUCAUAGUACUUUCUACAGUUUUUUUCUUAUUUGACCUUAGUAGGUUAAUUGAUCAU